GAAAGAAUACUUUUAAACUAGUCCUCCACUCCUUCCCGCGCAGCUGCAGCGUACAGCUUCCCUCUUCCGUCACUUGCCGGCAAACUCCCAUCCCCAACCCCACCCCACCCCACCCCACCCCAAUACUGUGUCGCCUUUUCUCUGAUUUUCUUUUAUCCGCCAGUGUACAUGUGAUUUGUAUCAUCAAUGGAGGAAGCAACCGUCAAAACCCUAACAAUCGCCGAGCUCCUUCGUCAAUCUCGUCCUCUCACCGGCGCAUCCUCACUCUUCUCCAAUCCUUCUCAUAAAAUCCCACCGCCCCAAUUUUCAACCCAACCCCAUACACCCUCCCUCCCUACACUUUCUUCCUCUAAAAUACUCAAAUCCCUUAACUACCCUACUGUCCUUACAGGCACUCUCUUUCUACCUCACGCAGAAAAUUUACCUCUUAAAUGCAAUUGUUUUCGUUUCUCUGAUGGGUCCGCCACUGUUUGUUGUGAUAUUCUUCGGUUUAAUCCUAGUUUAAUUAACAAAAAAGUUCAAAUUUUGGCUUGGAAUUUUAUUCCCAUGAAAUGUAAUGGUGGGUUUUUAGAAAUUAUUAGGUGGGCUUUUCCUGAUUCUUCUUCUGAAAAUUCUUCAGAUACUUUUAAUGUACUGUCUGGCUGUUGUGUUGAUCAAAAUGUUAGUAUAAAAGCUAGGUAUUUUGUACGCGGCGUAGUAGAAUCUGUUAGCCCUGUUUCAGUAGUUCCUUGCAGAGAUGGGUCAAGAGCUGGUCCGGAAAAUCUUCGGGGUUUCCUCGUAAAUGUUUUAGUUUGUGGGUGUAAAUUGUGUAAUCCUAAAGAUUUAAGAUUGGAUAUGAAGAAUUUGGAUGAUGAAAUGAGUGGUCAUUGUUAUAACAAACACGAGAUUGUGUACUUUUGUGGAUCUGCUUCUUCUUGGCAUCCGGUGUUUACAGGACUAAUAAGGAGAAUUGUUUCACUAUCGGGGUUGAAGAAGAGACUUGUAUUUGUGGGGAAAAAGGUGUCUCAGUUGAUGUAUGUAGCUGCGGAUAACUCUUUGAUGCAUAUUCCUGAGUUCCCCCAGCAAUGUAUUCCCGUUAAGGAAAUUGACGCUAGCGGGGAGGGAGAACUUGUUACUUAUACUGGGACUGUGACAGGAGUUUACACGAGGGGUAUGAUUGUUGAGUUGGAUAAUGAACUGUUGCUCCUGUUAACGGAUCCACAGCUUUCUGUGCCACAUAGUGUGAGAGUUGGAGCACUGGUAUCAGUGAAAAACGUUCAUUUUAUAAAUCCAAGUUAUUCAUGGACAAAGACACUUAUACUUGGCUCUUGUGUUAAAACUAGCAUUUCCGUGGAAUGUUUCUCCUCGCUGGAAACAGGAUGUUAUACAGUGACCUGCUGCCAGAGCCUUCUUGCGAAGUUUAUUGACUCCUUAGUAUUUGUUGCCAGGCUAUGGGUAUUACUUGUCGUAAUCUCUUUUAGGAGAAAGUUCUCUGGGAUCUUAUCUGAGAAAGAGAUCUUGGGAUCGACAAGUAAGAAAGGAUUUGCUCAGAUAUAUGCAACUUCAUAUUUGCCCGCUUCAGCCUUCCAAAUUCGGCAUGGGUUGUUCAUGGAAUUUGUCAAGCACGAUAGAUGUGCUUGUAGCAGGGAAACAAGUUCCGCUCCUUUGAAGUUGGUGGCACCUAUCGCUAAUUUGAUUAAUUAUUGUGAGGCAAUGUGGAGGAAACUGAUUUGCCAUCAGGGCAGAGAUUUUGAUAUCAUGGGUACCCAAAAGGAGUAUAACUCCAUAUCUUGUGGCGGGAGACCUUUUGCGCUGUCUAUAAAGAGAACCAUUCACAGUGAAGACAUAGGUGUUUCUUUGCUUGGAAUCUUGAAGGUCUCACCAGCUUCUGGAAGGAUGUUGCUUGUUGAUGCAACUGGAAGCGUGGAUGUUAUCAUACCAGAUCUUCCAUCAAGUUGGAAAUUCAAUAACAUGUACGAGGUCAGAAAUUUUUUGUCAAUUAUGGAAGACAUACCCAUGAAGCUGGAUAAUGUAGAUUUAAUCCAAAAUGAACCUUUCACAUGCAGAAGUAUUUUUGAGAAUGCCCCAUUUGUGAGAGAGAUGAACAUGCCACUCCAUCUUUACUACAACAUGAGGGACGUAAUACCUGUAAAUCAUCAUUUUACUAUCUGUGUAGAUUCCCCAAUUGACUUUGGGAAGGUUGGAAGAGGAAAGUUUCACCUACUUCAGCUGAUGCAUAAAUUCCCUAUUCUGCAAAAGCAGUUUCAAGGAAGUCAACAUGCUUCAAGUACAUCAAGCGCAUUUGCCGAGGCCUUAAUUCUGCCUUGGGAUUUACUUAUUGCUGACAAAAACAGAGAUACCCAGAUUGAUAAGCCUUUGAUAGAUCAACUGAAGGAACCAAUGAAGUUUUUUAACGGAAUGGAAAAUGGAAAACUUAUUGCGUGCAAAAGACAUAAACCUGACCAACUGUCUAGUGAGGCUUUGACGUCUGCACUGAAUGAUACUGAAAAUGAACCAAGUUGCAGCUCCAGUCACUCUGCUUACUUGUGCUCUUCUGUGGCGGACAGGCAUCAUAACUCAUGCUGCCCAGACAAAUUUCCGUGUCUUGUGACUGGAAAUUGUGUUAAUUAUCCGUCUCUUGGUAUGUUGCAACACACAGGUACAAAUGCAGAUGUGGGGUCCUGUUGCAAACCACAAGUGAGAAAGGCAUUGCUGGAAUUCAAAUCAGAAGCUUUUUCUGUUUAUGAGGUGUUGAAAAUUGGUGGUCAAUAUCUUAUAAAACAUCAGAAAGAAGGCAUGUUAUGUACUGAUGGAAUAGGUGAUAAAAUAGUUGUGAAUUCUGGAACAAAUAUUUGGAGUGUUUCUUUCGCAUCUGUCAAUGCUCUUCAAAGUUUAGAUGUAUCCUGCUUAUUUAAACAGUGCGUCUCAUUUUUAAGCCACCAUAGUGUUCUUCCAGAAGACUAUCAUCGGUUUCAAAUUCCAAAUUGUUUACCCAAUAAUGGAAGCAAUGAGAUCUCUUCAGAUGUCAACUUAUAUAUUCCAUCUGAUGUCACAAACUUAUUUGAUGUUAGCUUGGAGUUGUUGGAGGACUGUUCUCGCGGGCCUCUUGUUCCAUUUGGAGAAAUGACAAACAUAUACCCCUCUGAUCAUAAUUUGCCCGAGGGAAACUUAACAUCUAUUCAUGGGCAGAUCAAGGCGGUUCAUUGUUCAGAUGGAAAAUCGUGUGCAGAACAUUUAAGGUGCGAAAGCAUCAAUCGUGAUUGUUCGUCAUUAUUCCUUGAAGGAACUAUCAGUAUCUGUGUCCACGUUUUAAUGGACCGUAAGAUGGUCAAGAUUUUUGGGGCUGCAAAAAAACUUGCUUACCCUGCUGGAUUUGGACGAGACGUUACUGCAUCAUUUCACAGAGUACUUGCUCUUAGUGUGCAGGACAACUUUAUGAUGAUACCUACAUCCUUCAUUGUUAUCAACCCAUCAAGUGUGAUUAAUGAUCAUAAUGAGGAUGCAUACACCUGCCAAUCUGCUGCUUUGAACUUGGAUGGUGGUUCUCCAUUAUGUGCUAUAACCGCAUCUCUGAUUUCUGAUAUAGCAAACUGUUUAGAGACCCAACCAAUGGAGUUCAAUUGCAGGGUUGUGGCUAUUUAUGUCCUUGUCUUGGAGUACAACAGGAAAGGCAAAUACCUUCAUACAAGAACUGAGCCUAGACCUAAUUCAUAUGGUGUUGACAUUCCACUUGCUGGUUUUAUCUUUGAUGACGGAUCAUCAUCUUGUUGUUGCUGGGCUAGUUGGGAGAUUGCAGCAGUUUUGUUGGGGUUACAUGAUAAUGAAGUUUCAGGUGAAAGCUAUGCUAAAACUCACAAGAGAUCAAAGAAGACCAGGAGAAAGCAGGCAUGCAGCAGUUUAACUAUUGCCCAUUUAAGGAGAAUUAUGAAGCGGCAUGGCAGGGUCACAGUGAGAAACCAGGCUUCCAUAUUUGAUUCAUCAUGUCAAGACCUUGUGUUUUCUGCCAAGCCCGACAAGGCUAUAAGUAGUUCAGAUCAAGAUUUCUUUCAGUCCCUCAUCCUCAAAGCUUGCUGCAGCUCCCUUUUGACUGUUGUUGGCAGGCUCAUGAGUUCAGAUGCUAUCAGGUGGCUGGAAACACAUCUGACUGAGCUGGAUAUGGUGAUGCUUCCCAUGCAAAAUAUAUGGGUUUCCGAAGUUCAUCACAUGGACAGCCUCGCUCAAGCUAAAAAGAUCCUUCAAGGACUUGUUGAAAGCUGAAACAGUAAACUAGAAAGAGAUUUCCGGUCAGAUAUUUUAGUGUGAUAUAAUAUACCUGUGUACAGUGUAUAUGAUUCUCUUCUUCAUCAUAUCUUAAUUUAUCCUGCAAACAGUUGUGUACAAACUCAACUUCGACCAUUAUUGAGUUUUUACUUCCAGAUGUGAAGAUUUUGUCAUGUACUCAUGUUCUUCCGGCUGGAAAGUGUAUACUAUUUGCAGCCUCCUAUUGUUCA